AAGCGAUUCAAUUCCCAUCCUAAGGAGGCCGAAAAGUACAUUCAGAUGGUGAAGGAACAACAAGAGAGGGGUCUGCAGAAGCUCAAAGGAGGUUCAGACGGUGGUUUCAGCUACAAGCUUGACCCUUACACUCUCCUUUCCGGUGAUUAUGUUGUGCACAAGAAGGUUGGCGUUGGCCGUUUUGUCGGCAUUUAGUUCCAUGUCCUCGAAUAUGUCUUUAUAGAGUAUGCAGACGGCAUGGCUAAGCUUCCCCUCAAGCAGGCCUCCCGUCUCCUCUUCCGAUACAACCUUCCUAAUGAGUCCAAACGGCCUCGGACUUUAAGUCGGCUGAGUGACACUAGUGUUUGGGAAAGAAGAAAGACCAAAGGCAAACUCGCUAUUCAGAAAAUGGUUGUUGACUACGGAGCUCAUCUUCAUAGGCUUAGACAGAAGAGAUUUCCCUAUCCAAAAAACCCUACCAUGGCUGCUCAAUUUCCUUAUAACGCUACACCUGACCAGAAGCAGGCUUUCCUUGAUGUUGACAAGGAUUUGACUGAGAGAGAAACACCUAUGGACCGAUUCAUAUGUGGAGACGUUGGAUUUGGUAAAACUGAGGUUGCUCUACGUGCCAUCUUUUGUGUGGUCUCAGCUGGCAGACAAGCUAUGGUUUUAGCACCCACUAUUGUAUUGGCCAAGCAACAUUACGAUGUCAUCUCUGAGCAGUUUGCCUUUUAUCCCCAAAUUAAAGUCGGUCUUUUAAGUCGGUUUCAGACCAAAGCAGAGAAGGAGGCGUAUUUGGAAAUGAUAAAACACGGUCAUCUCAAUAUCAUUGUAGGUACUCACUCCCUUCUCGGAAGCCGUGUUGUGUACAGCAAUCUAGGCCUUCUUGUCGUCGAUGAGGAACAUAGAUUUGGGGUCAAGCCGAAAGAAAAGAUUGCAUCUUUCAAAACGUCAGUGGAUGUGCUUACCCUCUCCGCAACACCCAUACCAAGGACAUUAUACUUAACUUUGACUGGAUUCCGGGAUGCCAGUUUAAUCUCCACACCGCCACCGGAGAGGAUUCCAAUAAAAACCCAUCUUUCACCAUUCUUAAAGGAAAAGGUUAUCAAAGCAAGAAAAAAUGAGCUGAAUCGUGGUGGCCAAGUUUUCUAUGUCUUGCCUCGGAUUAAAGGACUAGAGGAAGUGAUGGAUUUUCUUGAAGAAGCAUUUCCAGAUAUCGACAUUGCUAUGGCACAUGGGAAGCCAUACUCAAAACAACUAGAGGAAACCAAGGAGAGAUUUGCGCAAGGAAAGAUCAAAAUCCUCAUAUGCACUAAUAUUGUUGAAAGCGGACUUGAUAUUCAAAAUGCAAAUACCAUAAUCAUCCAGGAUGUUCAACAAUUUGGGUUCGUUCAGUUGUACCAGGUUGGCCGGGCUGAUAAAGAAGCUCAUGCCUACCUGUUUUAUCCUGAUAAAUCGCUGCUCUCUGAUCAAGCACUGGAAAGGCUUAGUGCUCUUGAAGAGUGUUGUCAGCUUGGACAAGGUUUCCAACUUGCGGAGAAAGGCAUGGGUAUAAGAGGCUGAACAAUUUUUUGUGAACAACAGACAGGAGAUGUUGGAAAUGUUGGGAUCGAUCUCUUCUUUGAAAUGCUUUUUGAGAGUCUAUCCAAGGUGGAGGAACUCCGUAUUUUUUCGGUUCCAUAUAAUCAGGUGAAGAUUGACAUAAAUAUAAAUCCUCGGCUUCCGUCCGAGUAUGUAAAUUACCAGGAAAAUCCGAUGGAGAUCAUCAAUGAAGCCGAGAAAGAUAUGUGGAGGGCUUUACAUGGGAUAUGUGCAGGCGGAACUUUUGUUGGAGCUACCAAGAGAACAGUUACUGAACUGGAUGUUCCAGUGCUUGUCAGUACUGCAUGCAUCACUCCCUGCUCUUAUCCAUGUAUACCGAUCUUCAGAGUACCACAAGCAAGUUAGGGGAGAAGUUUUUAAACAGCUCAAGGACAAUCGCACUAUAUACGAAAGUUAUGUUCCGAUGAAAUACAAACGGUAUUACAAGAGGAUGGCAAAACUUGGAGAAUGGGGAGACCAUAUUACCCUACAACCUGCGGCAGAUAGGGUAAAUUUUCUUUGUCUCAGUUUUCACAGCACUUGUAUUAAUAGUUAAAAUGUACCUAAAUAAUGAUCUUUCCUUUGUUCUCGUAUCACCUGCUCUAGUUCUGUUGAGUGUUUUUUUCCUCUAGGUAGUCUUCUUCAUGUCCUUUAUUUCAUAUGGAUGUUACAUGAAAUAGGUAACACUUUAACACAUCUUCGAGAAGCCAUGUAAAGUAACCGCUGACUUUUGUGGCAUUGGGCACUGUUUUCUUUACCUUUUUCUUACAAUUUUUUCCAUUGCAUCUCCCUUGAAUAGUUUGCAGCAACCAUAUGGCUGCUGACAUCCUUCAUAGACACUUGUUUCAUUGAAAUCAUGCCUCAAGACCAAGCACCUAAACGUGAGUGUGGUUAAGUUUCUGGUCAGAGGUGCAUUAUAACUCUUUAUACGACAUUGAAGCGGUUCCAGGUUCAGCAGAAGCCAAAGAGAAAACAUUGGUUGUUCUAGAAAGCAAGCCUCUCACAUGGACAACAUCUUCGUAUUAUUUUCUCAGUAUUGUGCAUAAGCCAACAGUUUCAGACGCCUUAACUCUUCCUUCAUACUUGUAUAUACACGAACUAGCUUGAGCUACAACAUUUUGAAGCCAAACAGAAUAUUACCCUAUAUAUAUAUAUAUAUAUUUUUUUUUUU